AUGGAAGACUGCUUUCGUUCGUGUUAUGAGAACAUCAACUGCAUGUACAAUGAAUACGAGAAUGGCAAUUGCUCACUCUUCAAGUCUGGAGAUGAACAACACUCGUUUGGAGAAGAAGCGUUCGUUAUUGGAAGAGAUCAUAUUGAUGAGAGUUGCGAACGACAAGUAGUCCUUGAUAAAUCAAGGUUGUCUUCUCCUUCUACGACAACGGAGGUGAAUUUGCAGACAUCAUCGGUGGACUCUACAGGUACGGAAACGCAGACAAUUCCUGAAUCUGAGCUUAUCGGUUGGAACUACUUCAAUGGCACCAAUAUGUGUUACAAGGAGUUUCUUAACGAGUCAGUUUUUGAUGAAGCAGAAGCUAUAUGCCGUGGCUAUGGCGGACACUUAGCAUCGAUUCAUUCUGCAGAACAAGAUAAUUUUUUGUUUGCAAUGAAAAAGAGCAAGCUCUCCACCACGAUUGGGUUAAAAUUUGGGGGAGGAUGUGAAGUUGAUUCUCGUACGAAACAUUGGGUGGAUGGUUCGGCAGUCGAUUACGAAAGUUGGCACAGUAACCAGCCAGACAAUUGGAAAUGUAACGAAAACUGUGGAGCUGUUCCAGAGAGCAUGGGUGCUGCGAUUGGCAAAGUCUCGACGGGCACAGCGGAUGCUUUUUCAGUCUCUGCAGCUUCUGCCAGCACUUCUGCUCUUCUCUCUUUAAGCGAAAUCCGUCAGGUAGAACCUUUUACUGACGAUGAUGUGGUCACUUUCAUUACAGUACCUUUCACUGGUGUAGGCGGGUGUAGUCUAGCGGUUAGGGUCUCUAGUGACCGCAGGGGUUUGUGA